AUGGUUGAUCUCAAAAUCCUUACUGGUCUUUUCGUAUUCUUACAACUUGUGACGAUCUGCCGUUCAGCAGCUACUCUCACCUCUAAAGAUGUUGUCGACAAAGCAAAUCCUGAGUUUGAGACAACUCUCAGUGAAUCUGACUUCAUUAGCCACAUUGAGCAUCAGUCUAUUGAUGUAACCAAAUUAGGUAUCAAAGUAAAAGAUGAUCCAACCAUGGGUAAUAAGAUGGAAGGUGAUAUAGCCAUUGAUAAUAUCAAAGACUUUGUCAAUGAGAAUAACAAAUUAGGAAGAAAUGCUAUUCGUCAAGGCUACAGACGUUGGCCAAAUGCCGAGAUUCCUUACACACUAUCUUCUCAAUAUGGAUCAUAUGCUCGAUCUGUUAUUGCUAAAGCUAUGAAGGAAUACCACGAUAAGACAUGUAUACGCUUUGUGCCUCGUGAUCCCACCAAACACAAUGACUACGUUUACAUUCAUCCUGAUGAUGGAUGUUAUAGUUUGGUUGGAAAGACUGGUGGACGUCAACCUUUGAGCUUAGAUUCUGGAUGUAUUCAAGUAGGAACCAUAGUUCAUGAGCUUAUGCAUGCUGUUGGAUUCUUCCACGAGCAGAGCAGACAAGAUCGUGAUCAGUACAUAGACAUCCUCUGGAGAAAUGUAAUGAACGGAGCUGAUGAUCAGUUCGAGAAAUACAAUUUGAACGUCAUUGAUCAUUUGAAUGAGCCAUACGACUAUGUGUCAAUCAUGCACUAUGGUCCUUAUGCUUUCAGUGGAUCUGGUAAGAAGACAAUCGUAGCUCGCAAGAAUGGCUCAGAACGAAUGGGACAGCGAGUAGCUUUCUCUGAUGGAGAUAUUCGCAAAAUCAACAGACUGUACCAGUGUGAUAGCCGAAUCAACGGAAAUUCCAUCAUUGACAACAUGCCAUCAGCACAACAGCCUAUUGCAACGUCUUUCACUGGUCAACCAUCUUCAAAUAAUAAUAAUAAUGGAGCAAUUAAUUCUGGUCCUGUUCGUCCUCCAAUGAUUAAUAGUCAAGGAAGCUUCUCAUCCAAUAAGAAUGGUCGUAUUCGUAUAUUUGGCUAA